UUGCGAUGUGAACUACUACGCGAGUUUGGUAUGAGUGUUUACUCAAAGUUAAUCCUAACUUAAUUAGAAAGUAUGUAAGUUUUUUUUGUUUUGGGAACAAACGACCAUAAAAUCCUACCUUUGUUCAUAGGACUUUAAUAUUUAGGCAUUUUAAUCAAGAAAACAAUAGUUAUAUCAUUGUAUCUACGUCAAGCUUUAAAAAAUCAUGCGGUCGUUUAUCCGGUUCUUAAGAAUAUCAAAUAUCACAGUUACAUUUUCCAACCAUCCUUAGUGAGCUAAAAAUUUUUAAAAUUUAGGUCAUUGGCUGUUUGGUCGUUGAAUUGUAUAAAUAGUUGGAGAAUUUUAUUUAAAAAAAAACGAUGCAAAUCUGGAAGAGAAAUAUUCUUGCUCAUGGGAGCCUGAAUUAAUUUUUAAUCGAACUUUUCAACAUUGCACGCACACGAAACAUUAGAACUUGUUUAUACCCUCAAAACAAUCUGUGAAGAUUUUCUUGCACAUUCUCAUAACAGCUCAUUUUUCCAAAUUUCUGAGACUGUGUUUCCUGCUUGAAAAUUCCCAUCUCAAUGAUCCCAUGAUCGAUGUUAUUCAUUUAUUAUAAAUUCACUAUCGUCAUGCACCUCCUUGUUUAUUGCGGUUAAUUAGAAAUAUUUAUCCUUUAUUUGGUUCGGUGUCCUCUUCAACACCAGUUCAAAGACCUUAUACAGGCUAAUAUACAGGUAUUUCUGUUGCGUCCUGCUUGUUCGUACAGUAAACAACAUGUCAUCGGAUAUGCUGUUGAAAAGCAUUUUACUGCAGUGUAUCGGUGGUUUUGUUAUUGUUUUAUGCGAUGGAAAACCUAUAUCAGAUUUUCCUCUAACGUCGAGCAGCGGCGCGACAGAAAACAGUGAAAACCUCCAAGUUCCCACCAUUGGCAAACUGCAAAAUCUUUUAGAUAAAGGCAUUUUGCAGGAAUUAUUCGAUUCAGGCAAUUUGGCAAGUUCCGAUCAAAAAAUAGAGAAUCCAAUUGACUUUUUGAUUAUAAAACCAUGUCUGAGUGAUCGAAUUCAGGAAUCGAGUUUCGAACCAU